AUGGCAAUUUUACUUAAUCUAGCCUUGACGGGAUUACUGUUACUCCUGAAAGGUGGCCAGGCGAAGAACAUCCAACCGGCGUUGAGCGCCAAUGUCGCCAGUGACAUUUCCCAAGAGAACCUACUGGCUGAAACAAGUUUCUACCAUCAAAGAUACAGUACCACUCUCCAUUUCGACGAUGUGCCAACUGAUGCAAGGACUGGAACCGGAACCAUAUCCACUUAUUCAUACAUGAAUUUCACCAGUUUUACUGUUGUAAACACCCUCGCUGCAGCAUCUCUCGGCUCUAUCUCAGUCCACGACACAGAUUGUGCUUCUUCCCAGACAAAUGCGCUAUUCAAUGCCCGCACCCGGGAUGACUAUAAAGCACGGCCACGCUGGGUAGCCGACACAACCAAACUGCAUAGUGUAGGCCUUUCGGGCUUUUUCAACCUUAAUGGCCUUUCUUUUAAGCCUCUCGGAGAAGUGCCACGUGGACUAAUCUUAGAGAUUAUUGCAUGGGAGAUACGCGACUCAGAAGCACAGAAUGUGUACAAUACUUGGGUUGCUUAUAGUGAAGGAGGUCAGCAGGAUAUGCAGUACUAUGAUCUCACAAUGUUUGGAGGAUCCUGGGGGAAAACAGUUAAUAUGGUUGAGAUUGUUAUACGGGCUCCGGGUGAAGAGCAGAAGGAGGUAGAUUGGGCUUUUUGUCUGGAUGAUCUGGAUGUUGAAUUCUUGGAUAGGAGGUUAGACGAGUGA